AUGCAGAAAACAAACUUAAACAAAUUAAACAUUAUACAAUGGAAUCCUAAUGGAUUCUAUUCAAAAAUCGAUGAAAUUAAACUAUUAGUCAACAAAUUCUCUCCAAUAACACUAUGCAUCCGAGAAACAAAUUUCAACAACCACAAAUCAAUUAAUUUAAAUAACUAUUCAAGUUAUAUUAAAAAUAUAAAUCACGCAGGCAGAGCUAGGGUUCUAGGAUAUCUCGGCGAAAGUAAUUUCGGCGAAAGAGAUUACGGCGAAACUUUUUCGGCGAAUGGAUGUAUCGGCGAAAUUACAUUAAACACAAAUAUUUAA